AUGACGCUGUCGUUCGGCGACGCCGCGACGCCGCUGCCGUCGCCCAACGAUACGUACGUGGCCAUCGAGGGCACCCCCAAGCAUGCACCGGCGCCCUUGUCUGUACGUGCCAAGCACCGCAGCACAUCGCGUAUCCGCCUCAGUCGCCUCGAAGGCAUGCUGCACGAAGAGCACGCCAAAGCACUGGUUCCGACACCGCUCUUGUACGUGACGAUCGCGGUUGCGCUCAUGGGGUCGUUCCAAUUCGGCUGGCUCCUCUCGCAGCUCAACUACCGUCCGUUCAACGUCGACUGCAUGAAAGUCCCGAUUCCGGACAAAGCGUGCAUCCUCUUUCCCGGUCACUCGGAGAGGCAAUGGACAAUGGCAGUCACGGCGUGGAUCGUCGGUGGUGCGAUCGGCGCCUGCGGCAGUGGGUACCCCGCCGACCAAAUUGGUCGGCACUACACGCUGCUUGUCAACGCCAUCAUCAUGAUUCUGGGCAGCGCACUGCAGACAGGCGUCGGUAGCAUCACUCUCUUCUCGUUUGGCCGGCUCGUCUCGGGGAUUGCGUCCGGCGCCGCCAUCAACGUCAGCAACGUGCUCAUCUCGGAGAUCUCGCCCACGCAGAUGCGCGGUAUGUUCUCGACCGGGCUUCAGGUCGGCGUCGCGUUCGGGUCGCUGGCCGUGACCACGGUCCACUACUUUGUCGGGUACGGCGACGGCUGGCGCGUCCUCGUCGGAUUCCCGAUCGUGCUGGGUAUUGCGCAGAUCCUCUUGAUCCCGCUCACAACGAAAAGCCCGGUGUGGUUGGUGACCCAUGGCGAGACGACGCUGGCCUUGGCCGAGCUUCAGCACUUGUAUCGCCCGUGCGACUACGAAGCGACUCUGCAAGGCAUAAUUGCGGCCCACGACGACGAGGUCAAGGAGACAGCCGGCGUGAACCGAUGGAGUCUGCUCUUUUCGGAAAAAUACCGCAAGCAGCUCACGAUUGCGAUCGUGCUCUGCUCGGCGCAGCAGCUCUGCGGUAUCAACGCCGUCAUGUACUACUCGUCGUCCAUCUUCUUCAGCGCCGGCGUCACGGACCCGCGCGUCGGCAACACGAUCGUCAACGUCGUGCGCACGACCAUGAUCUUGGUGGCCGCCCGCAUCAUGGACAAGUUCAAGCGCCGCACGCUGCUGCUCUUGUUCAUGACGCUCAUGGCGAUCGCGUCCGUGGGCAUCGUUGUCUCUCUCUUCUACAUAAGCCCCGCGCUCUCGGUUGCGUCCACGGGCCUGUUUGUGGGUGCGUUCUGUCUCUCGAUCGGCCCGAUGGCGUGGAUGGUCUCGGCCGAAAUCUUCCCCGACUUUCUCCACGCGGGUGCUGGCGGCGUCGGUACCAUGUGCACGUGGCUCGCCAACUUGGUCGUGGGCGUCUUCUACCCGAUGCUGGCCGACCCGUCGGCCCUCGGCAGCUAUACGUUCUUGCUCUUUGUCGGGUACCUCCUCUGUGUCAUCGGCUUUGUGUACAGCGUCGUGCCCGAGACGGCGCAACAAACCUUUGACGAGAUUCAAGCGACCUUCGCACGUACUUCGCCACGACCCGACUCUUCCAAGAACAAACUCUUGAGUGCAAUCGACGACGAGGAUACGAUAUAA